AUGGCCGCGAAGCUGCCAAUGUUAUGUCUCCAACGUAUAUUUGAAGAAUUACGACCAUUAGAUUUAACAACUUCUUAUUCUUACCUACUAUCUUGCGUCUUAGUUAAUCGACAUUGGUGUGAUAUAGCAAUUCCAAUUUUGUGGAGACAUCCUUUCGAACGUCAGUGGUGGUCAGAACCUGCGACAAAAUUACUUGAUAUUUAUAUUUCUAAUUUUCCAAGAGAAGAACGAAAUAUAUUUAUUAAUGAUAAAUUUAUUAACAAAUAUGAAAAACCUUCCCGUGAUUAUGUAUUAUAUCUUCGAUCGUUAAAAACUGAAAAUCUUGGUUAUGCUACUACAAAUUGGUUGAGAAAUAAACCAUAUGUUUCUGUGGAUUUUAAAAUAAUUUAUGAAACUUUUUGUCGAUUUUUUAUUCUUCAUGCUAGAAAUCUUGAAUUAUUAGAAUGUGAAACAAGCAACAUGAUAAAUAUUUUUGAACUUUCUGGUGCAGAAUCUAGUCUUUACAAAUUAAAAUCUUUGGUUGUUAUUGAUCAAGAUUAUCCAACUCGAUUAUUCGUUACAGCAUCUAAAGUUUCAAAGAAUGUUCGAACACUUGACAUCACUAUUAGUAAUCAUAUACCAAAAUUUGAUCCAACUUCAUCCGAAAGAAUUGCUGACCUAACAAAACUUGUAGACUCUCAAAAAUCUCUUGAAGAAUUUAUUUUGACGAAUGAACACCCAAAAUGUAGUGAAUGUAGGACACGUGAUCAAUCCGGUGUUUUGGAUUUUCGAAUAGUUUUUGAAUCAUUUAUUAAUCAUAUAUUAACUUUAUCAAAAGUUAAAUUUGGUUGGAUUGAUUUUAAAGGAGAAUUUCCAUUUUUACAACUAGCUGCAUGUAUAAAUCUUCAAGAAAUAUAUCUUGAUAGAUGUCAAAAUUUUGGUAAUAAUCAAGAUUAUGAAGAUAUUGAUUCUACAUCAUUCAAUCAAUUAUUUAAAUUAUCCAUAGAAUUAUCUCCAAUUCCAUCUUCAAUCCUUUGUAAAAUAUUAACGAAUUCUGGUCAAUCGUUAAAAUAUCUUCAUUUGGAUCAAAGAUCUCUUUCUUCUAACAAAAAUAUAUUAAAAGAUACUAUAAGAAUAUGUACUCUUAAUAAUCCAAAUCUUUUAAAAUUCUCUGCUUAUAUUUAUGCUUCAGAAGUUUCCAACCUUCCAGAUUUUUUUUCAACAUGUCAACAAUUAAUUCAUUUCAAAAUUUGGGAUAUAAAAUCUCCAACAGAUAAUGAUUCACAACAAAUUUUUCAAUUUAAUUCUACUAGUAUUAUUGAUUCAAAGGGAAGAUGCCAGGAUUGGGAUCAUAUCUCAGAAUUUAAUAAAAAAAUCGAAGAGGAUAAUUAA